AUGACUGAAACAAUAGAAAAUCGUGAUUCUAAUGAAGUGAAAAAUGUUGAAGCAUUAGUUCUUGAUGCUACACCUUUGAUUACACAAUCAUACUCAAAAUAUCAAAAUUUUGCGAAGAAAUUUUUUACUACUCCAGGUGUGUUUAAUGAAAUUAGAGAUCCUCAAUCUUUAAAGAACUUAGAACUUUGGAAAGAAUUAGGUAAUAUCAUUAUUAGACAGCCAACUUCUAAAUCAGUCGAUGUGAUUAAACAUUUUUCAAGAUUAACUGGUGAUUCUGUUGUUUUGAGUAAGAAUGAUAUCGAUAUUUUAGCGUUAGCAUAUGAAUUAGAAGUUGAAUAUAACAAUGGUGAUUGGAGAUUAAGAAAGAUACCAGGUGAUAUUUUAAAGACAAAGGAUGCCAAGACUACAAAGGAUGACAAAUCAACUAACACUCCAUCAUCUGAUGAGAUAAAAGAAGAAAAAUCCUCUGAAAUUAAGGAAGAGAAAACCGAAGAAGAUGCAACCGAUGGUUUUGAACAAACAAAAUCUAAGCACCAUGGGAGAAAUGGCAGAAAACAAAGAACCAACGAGGAAACCCCUACAAAAGCCACUAAGGAUACAAUUGAAGCCUCUAUUCCUGAAACUAAAAUAGAUAAUAAUGAAACAACUGAAGUAAAAGAAGUAACAGAAGAUAGCACUAAAGAAGAAGAAGAAGAAGAACAAGAAGGUGAAGAUGAUGGAGAUUGGAUUACACCUGACAAUUUAACACAAGUCAUGAUCAAGGAUAGUGGUUUGGAUAGUUCGAUUGUUCAAGAUAAAAGUAAAAAAGAUAUUCAAAAGGAAAUUAGUAAAGUUGCCCUUGCUACAGGGGAUUUUGCCAUUCAAAAUGUUGCCAUUCAAAUGAAUCUAAAUCUAAUGAACUUUAUGUCUGGUAUGAGAAUUGAAAAAAUUCGUAAUUAUAGGCUAAGAUGUCAUGCAUGUUUCAAGAUGUUCCCUGUACCAAAAGACAAUAGAGCCAAGGAUUUUUGCCCUUCAUGUGGUGGGGAACACACUUUAAUCAGAUGUGCAGUCUCUAUUAAUAGAAAGACAGGUGAAAUUAUUCCACACUUAAAGAGUAAUUUUCAAUGGAAAACUCGUGGUAAUAGAUAUUCUGCUCCAAGUCCAUUAUCUAAAAAUGAAAUUAAAAGAUAUGGUAAGAAAGGCUAUAAUCACAGCAAACCACAGAACCAAGGAAACCUAUACAGAGAAGAUGAUAGACAAUAUGAAAAGACAGUUAAACAAGAAGAUUGGGUUAAAAAACAUAAUGAAAAAAUCUUGGAUCAAUGGAUUGGUGGUGGUUCAGUAGAUAACUAUAUUUCUCCCUUUGGUAUCAGUGGUUUAAAACAAGCUAAUCAUGCGAGAGUUGGGAGAGGUAGGCACGCUAAUAGUAAUAAGAAAAAGCGUUAA